AUGGAGGCUCCGGCCCGGGAGCCGGAGUGCGCCGGGUGCCGCUCCCCGGGCUCGGCGCUGCGGGGGGAGCCCGAGUGUCCCCCCGGCUGCCAGCUGCCCCCGGCCGCGGGGGAAGGGCGAGAGGCGGGCGGGGGGAAGGGGGACGGGAAGGGGGACGGGGCGCCGGGGCGCUGCAGCCGGCACGGGCAGCCGCUGGAGCUGUACUGCGAGGAGGACGGCGAGUGUGUGUGCCGCCCCUGCACCGCCGCCGGCAGCCACACGGCCCACACGCUGCUGAGCCUGGAGGUGGCCCAGGCUCACAUCAAGGGGAAGUUGCUCAGCUGUGUGAAGACGCUUUUCCAAACUCAACAGAACUGUCACUUCAAGUACCAGGAUUUGAAAAAGUCCGAAAAUGAAAUUAAGACACAGCUCGCUCGGCUGAAGGGGAACCUGUCGAAGAAGUUCGUCGAGUGGCGGAAGAGCCUCGAGGAAGGGGAGGCGGACCUGCUGGCGAAGGUCGACGAGGAGGGUCUCCGCUUGUUGACCCAGAGCUCCAGGUGUUCUGAGAUGCUGGACCAGAAGAUGGCCCUGAUUCAACAGGUCGAUGACGGAGCCCAGGAUCUGGCCCAGGCGGAACCCCUCGCCUAUAUCCAGGCUGUGAAAGAGCUCCUUUCUAAGGCCUCAGAGAUCCGGGCUCAGAAGGUUCCUGCCCUUUGCAAAGACACGCUGAACAUGGGACUGAUCUCCAAGGUCACUAAGGAGCUGGUCGACAAAUCCAUGGCCUACCACUCAGUCAUAACAAGCAUCAUCGGUGAAUGGGCACGGCUGACUUUGGACCCCAAGACUGCCUACUGGUUUCUGACCAUCUCGGAGGACGCGCGGUCACUGACGUUCGGAUACGACCUGCAGCCCUACCCGUCCAACCCCGAGAGGUUCCGCACCCACCGCCAGAUCCUCUGCUGCCAGAGCUUCGCCUCGGGGUACCACACCUGGGUGGUGGAGGCAGAGGGUAUUGCCUGGGGGAUUGGGGUCGCGUACGGGAGCAUCCCAAGGGAAGGACUCAGUUCCGACCUGACAAACAGCGAGAAAGCCUGGUGCCUCCAUUUCAGCCACGGCACCCUCACCGCCAGUCACCACGGCGCCCACACCGACAUCGUCAGCGACCCGGUGUACAACAAGUUUCAGGUGGAGCUGGACUACGAGGCAGGCUGCGUCUCCUUCUACCAGGUCAAUAAUGCCCUGAAGCACUUGCACACAUUCAGAACCACCUUCACCGAGCCAGUAUUUCCAGCGUUCUCCUGUUUCUACAUCUCCUCUCUGAAGCUCUGCUAAAUAGAUCAUUACAUUGAAAUCGUGGGCUGGCCAUUCAGCCCAUCUGGUCUCUGCCACACCCUGCACGUCUUUCCACUCAGAGUCAGGGAAACGGGCCAUUUGGUCCACUGAGUCCAUUGCCGACCGUCAGGCCCCCGCUAAUCCUACCCCAGCCCAUUCCCCAUCUCCAAUCUCCCCUUCAAUUAAUUCAUUUCUUUUCAUCCCAGCUCCUGGGAGUGGGGUCCAUGUUCCCACCACUCCCUCGAUAAAGGAGGUCCUCCACAACUUCCUGUUGGGUGUCACUAUCCGUAGACCCUUCGGCCCAAUUGGUCCAUGCUGACCAAGAUGCCCAUCUAAGCUAAUCCCCUUUGCCAGCACUUGGCCCAUAUCCCUGUAAAGUUCCUAUCCAUGGACCUGUCUGAAUGUCUUUUAAAUGUUGUAAUUGUACUUGCCUCAAAGACUUCCCCCAGCAACUGGUUCCAAACACCCACCACCCUCUUAGGUCCCUUUUAAAUCUCUCCCCUCUCACCUUAAAUCUGUCCUCUGGUUUUAGACUCCCCGACCCUGGGGGAGAAAACUGUGACUAUCUAUCUUAUCGAUGAUUUUAUAAACCUCUGUAGGGUCACCCCUCAGCUUCCUUCGCUCCAGGGAAAACAGGCCCAGACUGUCCAGUCUCCCCUUAUAACUCAAGCCCUCCAGUCCCGGUAACAGCAAUGUGAAUCUUUCCUGCUCCCUCUCCAGCUUUAAUGACAUCCUUCCUGUAGCUGGGCGACCAGAGCUUCAUGAACCUUCUUUACCACCUAUCAACCUGUGCGGCCACUUUCAGGGAGCUCUGGACUUGGGGCCCCAAGGUCCCUGGGUGGACGGCAGGCGAUUGUGGGUUUUAUUGUUGAAGCCCAGAGACCUUGCCUUCGUCCCUCUUCCCCCUGACGACCUCAGCCACAGGCAGAGUUGACAUUUUGGGUCGAUGAUGUUCUGAUGAGGGGUCAUCAACCUGGAAUAUCAUCUCUGGUUCUCCCUCCACAGAUGCUGCCUGACCUGUUGGGUAUCUCUAGCACUUUCUGUUUUUAUUUUGAAGAGAAAUGGGUCGGAUUCUGGUCACCAUGUUAUAAAAAUAGAGACGAGGGAUUCUGACAGAGAUGGUACCUGAGAAGAGGUGGAGCAAACUUUGGGUUGGUUCUGGGAAGGUGACCCAAGUGGAGAUCCGAUAAACGAUGGAAGGUGUUGACUGGCUGGAUACGCUUGUGGGGGAGAGCAAGGGCAUUCGCUGUGAGACAGUCAUCCCGAAAUCCAGUCGGGAAUUCGGGAACAUCUUUCCCCGAAGAGGGGUGUGAAUGUAGAACUCGCUUGAUGCAAGUGACAGGGCUGAAGAAGAUGGAAUCCGAUGGGAGAGGUCGGCGGAGUGUGGAAUAAAGGGAUUGGGGGGGGCAGGGAACCAGAGGGAGGAGUGUGUGGGUGAUGGGCAGAUGGUGGAGGAAGAGAUGGGGGGGGGGGGCAGUUGGAUCAGGAGAGGAGGGGAGACAAAAAAAAAAGAAUAGGGGAAAAGGGACAGGGGGAGAGGUUACCAGAGGUUUGAGAAUUCGCUGUCCAUGCUGCCAUGUUGGAGACUGCCCAGGGGGAAUAUGAGGUGUUGUUCCUGUAACCCCUUUAUUCCACACUCCAGCUUCCCCUCCCAUCAGAUUCCAUCGUCUUCAGCCCUUUGUCACCUCCACCUCUCACCUCCCGGCUUCUGACACCGUCCCUGCCCUCGUCUACCUAUCGCCCUCCCCCUCACCUGGAUCCACCUCUCACCUCCCGGCUUCUGACACCGUCCCUGCCCUCGUCUACCUAUCGCCCUCCCCCUCACCUGGAUCCACCU